AUGACAUAUGUUAGGAUGUCAACACAUAAAGAGUCCAAGGUAAGGAUAUUUUUAUCAUAAUCCCCUCAUAAUAAAAAAGUUCUGGCAGGAGACUUAGCCCUUGAAUCAAAAGACAAUAAUUUCUUCUUCCCUGUUUGUUUACAUACAACAUACAACCCAAAGUGCCAGUUAUUUACACGGAGUUUAGUCCAUGUUUAACAAAACCACAUUCUAAGCUAUUUUUUUCUUUGACCAAUGCUUUUAUCUAAGAACCAUUUUUUGUGAACAUUUUAAUAAGGCAUAUAGCGUAGACUGGAAAACCGCAGCCUAAGUUUGACUUUGUUUAAAUAACCUACCCAAAGUGUUGUAACAGUACUGCAUACCUCCUUGUGAUACUGCACGAGUUGUAUUAAUUUUGACUUUUUAAUUUGUUGGGGAUAUAGUAGUUUGAAUUUGAAUACUCUACCCGACUUUUCUCCUGCAAUUCAACAUGGUUAAGGAAUGAUGGUAGUAAUGUUUCAAAUCAAUGUCAAUUUCCCAUGGUCUGUACUCUUAUUGUCAUUGAGCAUAGACUGAAGUGACAUCUAGAUGUUCGAAACUAAAGCGGUUUCACUGCAAAGUUUUGAACAUUCUAACAUCAUGUCUAUGGUGGAGUACAGACCAUGGAAAAUUAACAACAACAACAACAACAACAACAGUUUAUCUCUACUACUGUAGACAACUAAAAGAAUUUACAAGAAUAUAAUAUUUAUAAAUAAACAAAUAGACUGUACAUACAGUAGUGGGACACAUGAAAUAACUAAAAAACUAAACUAGUUGGGUGACCGUUUUUUUACAAUAACUUCUUGACAGUUUUUGACAUCCAUUUUCAACACCAUCAUGUCAGUUCUAUGGUCUGAAUAGUGGUGUAACAAUUAAUCGAAUUCUCGAUUAAUCACGAUAAAAAAUUAUGGCCGUUCGGUUCGAUUCACGAUCCUUUGGUUCCAUGUUUCGAUUUUGGUUUGAUUUUUGCACGCCUUUUCCACGGUGCCCUCAACAAGUUAUUAUAAUUAUUGUAAAAUCAGAAUCUGGAACUCUUUAAAAUGUGCGUUUUUGAUUGACCAGCAGUUCGUGUGCCAUUUUGUGUUGCCUGGUAAAAAUGCUGUCUUUCAACCACCCCUUGAGAAUUUCCAAACAAGGCAAACCAUGUGUGACACACUCUUUGUCAGGUUCUCAAACAUGGCAAUAAAUGAACAAGCAACUGUCGAUCCUCCUGUCCCUGUUUCUAUUCUCAAAUUGAGAGUUUAGGGUUGCAUGUUGUUUACAUUACUUGUUGUGUUAUAAGAAUUAAGAAACAUUUACAUAAUCAAAUCAAAAUAAUUAAAAUUGAAAGGCAAUAAUCGAAAUCGAAUUGAAUCGCAAGGAAUAUGAAUCGUUACACCCCUAGGUCUGAACUCCUAUCGACCAUACCUCUCAACCAAUCCACACAAGAAAUCACUCAGUUAUUGUAAAAUGUCUCUUACACCUCAUUUACCUUGCAGGAGGACUUCAUUACAGCAAACACAUUUGGUGACAUUCUUUAUGAGAACUUUCUUUUUGAUAUUCCAAAGAUAAUGGAUAUAUGUACCCUUUAUGGGGGUGAGAAUAGUGCGAACACACCACUUUUACGGAAAAUGCUGGACAAUAUCUUCUCCAAACAACCAAAGUAAGAAGCCUUUCCUCAAUGAAGAAGUUCAUUAGAAAGACUUUAUGAAUUUGAUGUUUGUUUCUUCACUGAUACAUUAUGUAUGUCGCUAGAGAUUGUCUUGUUUAGUUUUACCAACUUUCAACCACCUUGAUCAGUGGCAGAUCCAUGGGAGGGUUCCAGGGGACCUGCCCCCCCCCCACCCCCUUAUUUUUAGACCAAACUGAGGCCCAAAGGGUUGAAAACAUUUUUUCUGAGAUCCCCCCCCCCUCCCGUUUUUUUUCUCAGGGUCUGGAUGACCAGGCUUCCCGUUAUCUGAAGGUCUGGAUGCCACCACUGUUGAUCUCUACCUUGGAUGCUGUUGGGCAUCUACCCCUACUCUCAUAAGGGUUGCAUGUCAUUAACAGCAGAUUGUAGAAAGGUAUGAUCAAGUUUUCUCGGCCCCUGGUCUCUGCUGUUAAUACAGUGAUGGCACAGUCGUAAUACAUGAUUGGAUUUAACUCCUUAAAACCGAUCCCACUGGCAAUCAGUGAUCAUACUGACUAACAGUCGGCAAAACUGUAAUAAUGAUAAGAAAACAAACAUGAUUACUUUAUUUAAUGUUGAUUGUAAAGGCUUUUGUGUCAUCUUUUAUUUCAAUGCGAUAUGAGGGACCUGAGUAAAGCUAUGUUAAAUCGUGGUAUUUGGGAGGAGUUCUCCAUGAAUAUCCCGUCCACUCCAGUGGUCAAAGGAUGAUGAGGAUGAUGAUUUCAAUUAGCCAUCCCAAAAUGAGCUGUUAAAAAUCCCAUACCAAUCUGGCACAAACAUAAUAUCAUGCUUGAGAGAUGAAAAAAUAUUGUUCUUUUUAUUACGACUUACGCGUAAUUCCUUGAUAAUUUGAGUUAUGCUUAAACAAGUGAACGGAAGAAAAUGUGCGUACAAAUGAGGACAAUUUUUGUAUUAGGAUUACAUACUCUCAUUCAACAUUUUACAUUUUUACUUUUCUUUUGCUAGGUAUCACAGUGACCUUGAUGCAACAAUCCCAACAAUUUAUGAAACAUUAGAUGAUAUAUUGUCGAAGUGUGGAAUUAAAUACAAACUGGAUGCAGAAACUGACCAGCCUCAGAAACUUAGUGAUGUGAGGAAUGGACCAAAUGCAUCAUUGUCCGUUCGACAACUAGAGGAUAUUGUGCUUUAUUUAAAUGAUACAACAGAAACACUGAUGGCCUUCCUGAGUACAUAUCCCGUGGUCUGUGACUCAUUUGUCAGGCAUGAAUUUGUUCAAAGAGUGGCUGGCUUCUAUGAAUUGCUUGUUCCACAUUUUAGAAAUUCUUUAAUUGACAUUAAAUCAGAGAAUUUAAAGGAAAAGUGGAAGCAUGUUAAGUUGGCUCUCAUUAAGGUUUGCCAUGUAAUUCUUCACACUUGCUGCAUCGAACCACUGGAAAGAGGGUAUGUCCACCAGAACAUUUUAAAUAUAAAUGGCUUGUUUGAUGGUUUGCUGAUAAUGAUCAAAUUUUGACCGUAAAAUCUGCAAGACAUCUUAACCGAGUCCUGUUAGCCUCAUAAUGAGUGGAGUAUAACGGCAUUUUUCCCUCUUUUCAAUCACUGCAAUUUUAGCCUUUGUGUACAUGUAAUCUACCCUCCCCAACCCCCCCUCCCUCACGUAGAAAACGGAAGGGAGGGGAUCCUUCUACACGUAGGGUACUGUAAUUUGCACUUUUAUUAAGCGACUGACUCUUAUUAGGUCUAGUAGCCGCAGCCAUGCAACCUUUAGCAGUUAAUUGAACAGUGGAUUACUGCACUGUACCUUGUGGGGUACCCAUGAUCUUGAGAUUUUAGUUUUUGUUUUGUCUAGAACCAAGCUCAUGUGGGUAACUAACUGGCUGUAUUCUGAGACAAAGAAAAUUCAGUUUCAAAUGGAAAGAGUUGAGCCAUGUUAUUAUAGACGUCUCUUAUCUAUUCUAGCUCAAAAUACUGACGACAACGUUUUACUUUUUUCAUGAACAAAACGGCAGCAGCGAAGACCAAGUUCAAAGUUGUGUAGAGAAUUUUUUGCAAGUUCUUACAUCAAUUCUUUCUGAGAAAAGGUAAAUAAUGAUAAGUGGGGGUGUUGUAUUUCCUGUCUUUGGUUAAUAUUGUAGGUGGGAGACUUAGGGAGAGCUACUAUGGCUGUUAUUUUACGCUUAUUUUUGUCGCGUUUGUGGGACUACGAAAAACAUCUAGUGGAUCCAGGAUAUCCCUUUAAAGAUACGUACGACCAUGUAGCAAGUUCAAUAUUUAUUGGAAUUUUAAAAAAAUAUUGCGUUAUGCCAAUCAUCGAGAUUGAUAAUUAGUUUCUUUGCCAUCAAAAGCCUGAAAAGGGCAAAACUGUACGGCAUUAGAUAUCCUAAAAGAUGUCAACAGUUAUGGGGCUUUCAACAUCUCUGGAUUUCCAGAAAGAAAGGAGAACUAAUCUAGCGGAAACUUGCAGUGUUUUCAUAUAUGUCAAUAGAUUUAAUUGAUUAGUCAUUUUGUGUCUCUGCCUUUUGUUCAGAUUUCUAAGCAGUUAUGACUCCAGAUUUGGUAUUAAAGAAGAUUUAAACAGAAUUCAGCGGUGUUCAGUGAGCACGGACGAGACUAGAGUGGAAUAUAUAAUGGCUGCUGUUGAAAGUGCGAGAAGAGCAUUUCCAAACCAUGUAAAAAGAAAAGAAAAUUCCACAAAACCUCACUCAUCAACUGCGGCCUUUGGUACUGAAAACAACGUUGUUGCUGUUAAUGGCCAGUUUGAGAGCUGGAUAGAAGAAGAUGUAAGAGAAGUUAAAGAAGUCAUGGAUGAAAGAGUGAGUGAUAAAACAAGGAUGUCCGUUUUGGGCGAAAUCAGACUGAAAUUGAUACCUCAGGGGCACCCAACGACAAUUUUCGGAAAAGAUCUGUUGGGAAGACGAUUUGAGAUCUAGAAUUUUUGGAACAUUUGUUGUAAAAUUUCUUGUUUUCCUGCCUCUCCUAGGAUUUGCGAACAUCUAAAAAAUGGUAUAAUUGCCCAUUUUUAACGGAUUUUUACCCUGAAAAGGUCACCUAAAAUUUUCGGGAGCCUUUUUUCUGGCUGAAAUUUUCGAAAAGGUAAGUUUUGAUCCCUAUAAUUUUCGGAUCACUAGACUUUCAGCUAGUAAAUCCGAACAGAUGAAAAAUUUUUAGGGAAUAAAAAUAUGCCUAUAUCUACCGUUUAAAUACUAAAAUGCGUUUAACAAUGCUGUGUUUAAGUGGUUUUGAACUAUAUUCUCUUUGGGUGCCCCUGAUACCUUCCUGACUAAGUUUGAAUUCCCAAUGUUAUGUUUGGUAAAAUUAAUCACACCAGAAAAUACUGUUUUUAAGUUCUGUACUGUUUUUUAUUUGACAUUAAAACAAUGGGUCAUUUCCCACUUGCUAUUCGCCUCUUUUUUAAAAAGAGGGUAAGUACGAAGUCCAAGAGAUAGAAAUAUGUGGUAUUUUCGUUUUCCGUGUCAUCCAUCUGUCCACUGUACGUGAAUACCCAUCAUAAGAUCGUAGCCACAGUCACGGGUUUGACGUUAGUCUUAGUUUGUAUUCACACAAUUCUUGGCGAAAGACAUAGAAAAACUAUAUUCUUAAUUUACAGAGCGAUGGAGCAGUUUCCAAGACUGUUAACGAGGCGGAGUUAUUUUCUUUGGUGAGUCAUGUACAGGAUCUACUACCGGGGCUUGGUGACGGUUUCAUCAUUCUCUGUUUGGAGGAGCUUAACUACGAGGUAGAACAAGUUAUCAACUUAAUCCUCGAAGACAAUUUGCCACCUUGCCUUCAAAACUUGGACCGAAACUUGUCAAAAGAUGAGGCAAUGAAAAAUAAAAAGCAGCCGGUGAAGACUGUACUGGAGCAAAGGCAUUCGGUCUAUGACAAAGAUGACUUUGAUGUUUUUGCGGGGAAUAAGUUGAAUCUUUCGAAGAUCCAUAAGGGCAAACGUCGUGAUGUAGGUAGCAUUAAGAAGCUGUUAUCCGACAAGAGUGAUAUAACAGAAUCCGUUAAGGAGAGAUACGCUGCUUAUGAUGUGUUUAAUCGACAUGUUUGGACUGCGAGCUUGUACGAUGAUGAGUAUGAUGACACCUAUGACUCACAAAAUGUAGGAGCACAAGAUGCUGAUUCAGCAGAUGAGCUCACAAUACGAAGGUAGGUAGUUAAGCCACAGGUAUCGCAAGUAUUGAUGUUACUUGAGGUUGGAUUGCCUGUGGUUAUGGACGUUCUCGUUUUGCUGGUGUUUGAUUCUCGACCCCAGAGCUCACGCUUUUGACUCCGCCGUCCGUAAUCAUGCGCCGCCUGGUUGGCUCGGUUGGGAGAGCGCCGCGCCUGGACCAACAACCAGGGUCUUUAAAUAACUGAGAAGAAAGGGCUGCCUUUGUUAUGACAUCUGCAAACGGGUAGACUUUCUAGUCUUCUCGCUAAAGGACGAAAAACCCUAGGUCCCCUCUCACAUCAUUUUCACUUAUCUGGUUUUGUGGGACGUAAAAGAACCCACACCACUUUUCGAAAAGAGUAGGGUCGUUGACCCCGGUAGUGUGGCCCAUCUUUUCUGGGCUGGGUUGGUUAUCUGUAAGGAGAGAUCUUAAUAAUAGGGAUAACAUCAUGAUCCUUCUCCAGAUGUCGUAAAUGGCUACCUGUAAACAUCAAGUUGCUGGUUAUGUGCAAUUAGUAGGCGGGGAAUUGAAUAGUUGUUUCCCAAAUAAAAUUAGCUGGGGGUCGUCCUCAUAGUAGCCGGCCUUUACUGAAAAUUUUUUUUUCAUAAAACGUUUUAAAGCGACAGUAUCACCAAGGAUAACGCCCCUCGAAAAUCGGGCGAAAGUUUUUCUAUAUUUACUUAAAAUCCCCUGAGAGCUACGUCAUACAGGAUCAUGAAAACUUCUAAAAAAUAUCUUUGUUUCGGAAAGAUGGGAAAGUUUGACAGUGUUAUUUGGGAACAAUCGACCAAAAACCAUUGAUUGUGUUCAGCGGCUCAUACAGUGGAAAGUGAAGUCAGUCGUCUUUCUGUUCAGUGUUGUUGAAAGGUCAUUUUGUGCGCCAGCGAGUGAACCAUUAUAAUUUUUGCUUAGUUAAGGCAAACAAUUGGUAGAAUUCUCGUGAUACUAUGCCUUUCAUACGCAUGCAAUUGUUGCGUUGUGGCUGCUUCCGUUCUAUUUUGGUUUUGGAGUCACAGAAAAACCCCGUUACUGUAUGUAACAAAGUUUCAAUAGUCUGCCGCCGGUUUUAAUAGAGCGAAGGGAGAAAUUUCUAGGACACGCCCUCUAUAAAAACUAACUGGUGCCCGCCACGCAGGCUAAGUUUCACGGGACAAAUUGGAAAAUGCAUGAGUUUGUUAUUACGGGAAUACGUACAUCGUUAGCAGGGUCUUCUACCAGACGUUUUACCAUCACUGGGAUGACUGUAAACAUCUCCACACCAGUGUCUUCGCUAUGAUUGUAAAAAGAGACCAAGAUUCCGUAAGAUCAUAGUCCCUCAGUACAUUUGAAACCAAGAUGACCAUCCGUAACGGUAAGCCAUCGAUCCCGACGACCUUAGGGGAAAAUAAUAGACUGUGAACAGAUUAUUCGAGUCGAGAAACAUUGAGAGUGUUGUUCAAACAUGUUUUUUAUAUAUAUAUACCAGAGGUUGGGUUUCAUCGUCAGUAAUUACCUUUGUUAACCUUCACAGACCCUUUACUACUCCUCGUGUUUUGGGCGGCUCACCCGAACCCUCCGAUGACGAGGAGGAGGAAGAUGGAGAAAAUGAAGAUGACCCAACCCAGAAAGAAAGCAUAGCGAAAUCACAAGACAGCCAAAUAGAUAAAUCCUUGGUAAACCGCAGGCAACGUGGUAGAGGACACGAAAGACAGGGUCCGAAAAAAGACGAAGCUAACAAAGAGGGGCAGAAAGGGGGGAACAGAGGGCGUGGCAGGGGUGUAAGCGCUUCAGAGUCGAAACAAAGAGCGCAUAAUGAAAGAAACAAAGGAACGAGAGCAAAUCACAAUCGAAAGGCAGGAGCAGCCGUUAAGAGAAACAAGGGCAUGGGAAUGCUGCCAUCACGCUAACGUUUCCAGCUUUAGUUUCCUUUCAUAGUUAAGUUUAAAUCGGAAGUAGCACAUGAACUCGACAGAGUGCUGUGAUGCUGUAACACUUACAUAAAGUCACUCGGCCGAUAUCUCCUAAUAAAACAUCAAUUCGUUUUGGGAGAUAAUAUUCACACUCAAAUGCUUAGAAAAAGCGCAGCUCUUUUGGACAGACGAAGAGUUUAUCCAAGGAUAGUUCUUAGCCUACUUUUCUGUGAUAUAAGGUGGUUACUCAACCACAAUGCAGGGUAUCCCUUACUUCCAAAGUUAGUGGGAGACCUGUCUUUAUUACUAAAGUGACUUACUAAAGUUAAAAUUUAAUAUAAUAUUAAGCCCCAAACGUCACUCGUUUCACCACAGUUUGCUUUGGGGGAGGGGCAAAGUUGAGUUUUGGCAAAUAACAUACUUUAAAAGAGAGAACUACACUCAAGAUUUAAAAAUGGAGAAGAAAUGGACAAGUUAAUAGCGUAGAUAGGAAAUAAAAAUGACCUGUAAGCCCAAUUAAUUUAUUAUUGGCAGUUGCACUGAUUAAAGAG